CUAUUGUUGUACCUUUUUGAAUAAAAAAUAAAGGUCGAUCGACACUCAACUUCAGUCAUGGCAUACCAGUUCUACAUAUCGAAAUUCUUACGAUGGGUCAUCAGCAAAAGCAGUCUCCAUGGCGGAUAUCACAUCACAGGACCAAGACACACCAUAUUCGAAAAAUACAUGUGGGGUACCAUUAUCAUCCUGGCCAUCCUGUACUCGCUAUAUCUGAUCACUCUGUUUUGGCUUCGUUACCUCACAAAUCCAACCGUAAUCUCGCUCGAUCGCAACUACCACGAAUGGAAUACGACGUUUCCAAGUCUUACGGUCUGUUUCCACGAUCGGUUGAAUGUCACGGCGAGGGAUAACGUAAUCCGUAGAGUAAAACCAGCAAACCCGACAAAAUUUGAGAAGUUUUUGAAUAUUCUGGCUGAAAUAGAUAUAACCAACAUCCAGCAACUGAAGGGUUAUGAUGAGUACAGUAGCUUGGAUAUCAAUGCUAUUCUGAACGAAAUCGUCAACUAUGUGGAUGUACCUGUGGUGCUAAGUAACGAUGAGGAAACCAAUAUGGUGCGAGUUAUUACAGAACUCGGCAUUUGCUAUAGUUUCAAUUCAGCUAUCAAUCAGUAUUUAUCGGUUAAUAAGGACGAAAACUAUAUGGCUCGCCAUUUGAUUGAAAUAAGCAUAAUGGAGAGAGAUACCACGGCCUCCUUAAACAACCUAACGUCGAAUGGAAAUAUCUUCUACCACGGUCCCUUUGAAGUGCCCACGUAUCUGAGGCAACUUAUCGUACCGUCUUCAGCGUCCACGUUUUUGCAAAUGUCGUUCAAACCGGUGAUCAUAACGGCAGAUACCACCAUCGAAAAUCUGUACGUCCAGCAACGGAACUGUCGAUAUCCUCAUGAGUCAAAUUUGAAGCUAUUUCCAAAAUUUUACUCCUACAGUUUGUGCUUGUUCGAGUGCAAAUUACAGCAAUUUUUGGAAAAAUGUGGCUGUGUUCCUUUUCUGUAUAAUUUGGGAGUUGGCAUUCCAGUGUGUCGUUUGAAAAAACUGACAUGCAUUUCAGAUCACUUGGUGAAAGUUCAACAGUCUGUUUCAACUUGCGGUUGUCUAAAGGAUUGCAAUUUGAUAAAUUUUACGCUCCAAAGCUACUUGAUGAUCGAUUGGUUUAAUAAUCCGCUGAUUAAAUGGGACAUGGUCACCUCAAAGGUGCGGUAUAGUAGACGCAUCAUUUUCGAUUUGGCGGAUGCUAUGGUGUCUACCGGAGGUAUUGCUGCACUGUUUUUUGGUGCAAGUUUUGUCACGGUUGUGGAAAUUUCAUUUCUCAUAGUGAGAACAACUUUCUCUGGCCUCGGAUUGAACCAAUCGACACAAUGGAAAUGAACAAAACAUUCGGUCUGCAGACGAGUUUAUACUGAAACAUACCUAUUAUGCAUA